AUGGAUUUCCGGCUUGAUCCGGCAGAACAUACCCGCAUAAAACGUGAAGAAAAAAUACCAGAAUUAAUUUCAAUGGGUAAAGAAAUUCAACAUGAUUAUUUUACUGAUAAACCAACUGGUUCAGGAAAGUCAAUGGGUUUAAAAAUGAAAAUAUUUAUGUGUCAAAAUAUUGGAUUAUUUACUGGUGUAACAAUUAUGUACAUAAUGGCUAGAUUUGAAAGUAAUUUAGAAAAUAUCCUCGGACAAGUUUUGAACAAACUAUCAAAAUCAAAUUGA